AUUUAUCAUUCCUUUAAUUCCAGUCCAUAUAGCAAUUUUCCCGUUGGUGCUGCUCUUUUGACUGUCGAUGAUUCAAUAAUUGUUGGAGCAAAUUGUGAGAAUGCAUCAUAUGGAGGUACAAUCUGUGCUGAACGGAACGCCAUCACUACUGCUCUUUCUAAAGGAUUCCGCAAAUUUAGAGCCAUUGCUAUCGUUCUUGAACUCGAUGAGCCUGGUAGCCCGUGUGGAAUGUGCAGGCAAUUUCUGAUUGAAUUUGGUAACUGUAGGGUUCUUAUGGGAUCGUCGAAAAACGAUAAAGUACUUGAGACGCCUCUUGUCGAUCUACUGCCACACGCCUUCACUCCAGCUGCACUAGAUGCUCAUAAAGAAGAAUCUAGAGAGGACGACGACUGA